AUGAAUCUAAAGAACAAAAAGAAAAUUCCCAAAAAAUUGCAGAAAUCGCUUCAGGAUUACCUCGCGAAGAUCAAGAAGCCAACGCCGCAGAUUCAAUUUCCUAAUCCCCAAACUUUUUCGUCUUCAAAAAGUUGGAUUCUGUCUGGUUGUAAGCAUCCGAAGACCCUAUCGUUCGCUAUCGAUCAGAAGGAAACCGACGGCGUUGGUAACAAUGACGACGCCGCAGCAACGCUCGCCGAUGUCGACCGAUUUCUCUUCGAGAACUUCCGAUCGUUGUACCUGAAAGAGGAUGAAGAUUGUGUUGAGAGAAAAGUAGGAGGAGGAGGAGGAGGAGGAGGUCGAGAUGGAAAGAAUCACAGAGGAGUUUCACCUGAAUCGCUGGUUGAUUCUUACGAUGGAUCUCAUCGAUUCUUCUUCUCCCCUGGCUUAUCUGAAUCUCUUCCGGACGAUUCUCAAGCAGAAUCGUUGGAAAAUGCCGGAUCGAGUUCUUCGUCUUUGAUCUCUGAAGAUCGAGGCAAGGAUCCGAAACUUCCGAGCGAUUGCAUCGUGAUUUUGAGACGGUCGUCGAAUCCGUCAGAGGAAUUUCGUCGAUCGAUGCAAGAGAUGAUGGAUGCUCAUUCGAAACAACAUAAGAAAGUCGAUUGGGAGUUUAUGGAAGAGCUUCUGUUCAGCUUCCUAAAUCUGAACGAUAAGAAGUCGUACAAAUACAUACUAAACGCUUUCGUUGAUUUGAUAGUGAUUUUGCGGCAGAAGGCGGAGGAGGCUCCAACGAAGCCGCAAACAGUGCGAAGCGUGAGAAUGGUGAGGAAAAUGCUGUGAAAUCUGCUACGGAGAAGGACGUUGAAAGUGAAAUCAAAGAUUUCAUAGAAUAAUAAUCGACUUUGAACCUGAAUACACAGAGAAGUGAGGGAAGAACUGUUCUGUGAUUCUGCAACUUCAAAGGAGAUGAUGGUAAACAAAUGUAUUCUACAUUUUUCUGAAGUAAAUUCAAACUCUGUUUCCGAAUCACAGUGAACAUAGAAUUUGGAAUC